AUGAGUUCUACCGGCCCAAAGCCUAAGGUUCUACAACUCGGUAAUAUCGAUCAUUCGCAGGCAGCCUGGAGUGCAUUGGGUGAAGUGGCAGAGCUAGUUGAGUCAGCGGCAACCAACAGAGCUGAGUUCAUCCAAGAGUGCAAGGAUGGAAAGCUAGAUGGAGUUGUUGCGAUAUACCGAACAAUUGGCUCUGUGGUCCAAACAGGGCUUGUAGACGAGGAGCUAUUGAAUGUGCUACCAAGCUCACUCCGGUAUAUCGCGCACUGUGGAGCCGGAUAUGACCAAGUGGAUGUUCAUGCCUGCAGUGCACGCAAUCCCCCGGUCCGGGUCUCCAAUGUCCCAACUGCAGUGGACGAUGCCACUGCUGACGUGAACAUGUUCCUCAUCCUUGGCGCAUUGCGCAACUUCAACACUGGUAUGAACGCCCUGCGUGAGGGCAAAUGGCGUGGCCAGCCAGCGCCUCCUCUCGGCCAUGAUCCCCAGGGAAAGGUUCUUGGGAUUCUGGGAAUGGGUGGUAUUGGACGUAAUUUGAAGAAGAAGGCAGAGGCCUUUGGGAUGAAGGUCAUCUACCAUAAUCGCCGGAAGCUCAGUGAUGAGAUGUCUGCGGGUGCUCAAUAUGUUUCUUUUGAUGAGCUCUUGUCCACCAGUGACGUGGUUAGCUUGAACCUGCCAUUGAAUGUAAGAGAUUCCCAUUUCCAAAAGAAAACAAACUGUGUUCUGGUACUAAUCUGCUUGAAGAAAAACACACGCCAUAUCAUCGGCAAAGCCGAGUUCAAUAAGAUGAAGGACGGCGUGGUAGUUGUCAACACUGCCCGCGGUGCUGUGAUGGACGAGGCUGCCCUGGUUGAUGCUCUGGAUAGUGGUAAAGUGUUCUCAGCUGGGCUCGACGUUUUUGAGGAAGAGCCUCGGAUUCAUCCUGGGCUGCUCAGUAACCAGAAUGUAAUGCUGGUUCCCCAUAUGGGCACUUGGACCAGUGAGACAAUGCUCGCCAUGGAAGAAUGGACAAUUGGAAACAUCCGUAUGGCUCUUGAAGUUGGAAAACUGAAGAGCCCAGUUCCGGAACAGGCGGACCUUUGA